GUAUUUGUAUUUUUUACAGGACAAAUAUGAGGGGGCACAUGCCACUGUGCCCCCUACGGCCAUGAUGCCUCUGCUUGCGCAGAUCAUCAUGUCAGAGCAUGAUGACAUGGCCUCAGGUCUAUGAUAUAUAAGUGUUGUUUCGAUGCUUUUUUAAAAACUCACUAUUACAGGCUCAUUGGAAGGCAAAAUAACUGUAGAAUAGGAUAUCAUUUUCGUUACAACUUCAGAGGAACAUCUUCUGUCACAGUUAAACUCAGAUUCAUCCUAAUCUCCUGAGAUGAAGUUGAAUUUCUUCGUUUCCGCUGUGGCUCUACUUGGUGCCUUCCAACCCCGCUAUGAAUGUAGAGCUAUUGAAACCCCCGGAGCACUUGAUCCAUUCCACAAUCUACAGGCAGAGCUGCAACAGCAACUCCCUAUUCUUCUACGACUAGGAGAGGAGUACUUCAUUCGGUUUGACAACUCCAAUCAAAAUUCGCCCCAGUCUUCAUUGUCGAAUACAUCUCCUGGAGCUUCUGCGCGGUCAACAAUGGUCAACAGGGCUUUACUUCAGUUUACGCAGCGUCUUCUGCAAGGUAAAGUCGGUAACAGCAAUCGGUUUCUGAACAGCUACGCUAACCAGAUGGAUGAUUCCACGGAGAGAGGAAAGCGGACCUGGCCGGGCGAAGAGCCACCGAUCUCAUUGGACCUGACGUUCCAUCUGCUGAGGGAAGUUCUAGAAAUGGCUCGAGACGAGCAAUUAGUUCAGCAGGCGUAUAGUAACCGGAAAAUGAUGGACAUAUUCGGGAAAUGAAAGUGUUAGAAAUACAUUUACCAAAUACAUUGUGUACAUCUUACAUAAACUGUACGUUUCUAUUCCAUUUUUGUUUUACUCUUGAAUUGGUUAACUUUCGUUCUUUCAGUUAUUAUGUU